AAUUUAGAAGGAAAUAAAUGACAAAUGGCUUCUAUUAGUACCUAUCAAAAAUAUCAAUCGGGAAUUAUGGUUUUUGUUAUGUAGUAUUUCCAUCGCUGCUUGUCACUGUUGUUCAUGUAUUUUAUUUAAAUAAGUACUGGAUUUAAGAUAAAGAAAUUUGAGAAUGGCUAAUGCAGACUUUAGAAAGGACGGGACUAUACCUGUGCGCCCCAGGAGUGUCUAUACAGCACAUUCUUACAAUCAGGAUGAGUCCAACCUGUCCGUGUUCCAAGACUACAGCAAGUUCUUGGAAGGGGGCCUGGGGCAGGCUGAGCUGGUCGGAGCCACGGGCUGGCAGCCCCCGUGGCGCGCGCCCCUGCAGCGCAACAAAGCCCCGUUCUACCCCGGAGACGACAUCUACCAUGCGGACACUUGGCGAGAGCUCGAGGUGACGGAGGUCGGAGGAGCCGGGUACAAUGGUUCGGUGACGCCCCACGGCACCAUUUGUCUAAGGCUAAGAGAUAGAGUUAAGGUGGACAUGACGAUUGACGGCGCUGUUCGCGUGACCAACGCCAAGAACAACAUCAUACUGGCGCUGUCGCGAUCGGGAGCGGCCGCAGCGCUCAUCCACCCCAACGGACGAGUCUACCACUACGGCUCUCGCGUCGAGAUACAGGCCUCUCACCUGCAGGGCAACAACAAAUACGCGAAGAUGUGGUACAAGGGCGUUUCGUUCACGGCGGAGCAGUGCGCGCUGGUGUACCUGGUGGACGCAGCCGGCACGCGUACCACCACCGACACCUUCCUCGACAUGAGCCAAGACUUCACUCUCAACGUGUUCUACAACGAGUCACGGCACGGUCCAUCGUACGUGAACGAGGCGCUGUCCCUGCUGGAGACAACGCAGUACUGGCUCACGGACGACGGCAUCGACAACUGGAUCAUCAACAACGUGCGUGUCAGCCAGACCGCCGAUGGGCUCGUCAGGAUCCACCGCUGCAGCCACAAGUACCAGCUGCGUACGAGCCCGACUAACGGUUCCGCUUCGAUCACCAGCCCCUUUCUGCACUGCACCGCAUCUCUGGGGCAGACCCAGCAUCUCUUUGUGCGGCGCGGCGAAAGGCGCAUGCACUUCGACGGGAACUCGUUCAUAGUGCGCAACGCAGGCCACUCCGCUGGCUUUGACGACAAGAACCAGCUGAAGGUGUACUGAGUACUGACCCCCGCCCACUCAGCACUCAGCACUCGGCCCCAGAUGUUGUACGGAUCGUUUGAUUCCACUAUGUGCUAUCUAACCGUCGACCUGUUUACAAAUUCCAAUUACCAAUCUUUUAAUUUUAUUCUAAUCACGAAACACAUUGGACAAGUCAACCGCAAAAUUAGCAUUUCUAUUAAUCAUCGUUUUUAAUUCGAGGAACUUAGUGUGUAAAGCUUGUUGACAAAGUUUAUAUCGCCAGUUUCGUUUUUAAAUGUUAUCAUCUUACGACACUGCUAAGCUCACGUUUUUUAUGUCAGGUAUAUGAGUGAGUAGGUACCUACAGUCAAGUCAUAGUGAUUAAGAUUACAGUUUCAUGAUUCUGUGAUAUAACGUGCAUCAUCUUUAAUAAACUCAAGUCCACCUUAUUAUUUUAUAAACAUUUUGAAUACGGUAGACAGAUGUUAUUACAUUUGUCAACGUUGUAUAGUCAGCGCCGAAAAUAACACUAUUUAUCAUUUUUAUUUUGAUACGUACUUUUUCUUAGAUUAUACUGAAACCCUCUUAAUUGCUUAUUUUUUGUUAUUAUUACAUAAGUGUCCGUUAAGUAUUA